AUGGCCCCGCGCAGCAACCCCGCCGUCGCCUCCCCCACAGGGUGGUCGCACACGCCGUCGACGGCGACGCUCCUCUGGAUGGGCGUCUCGCUGCCGCUGGUCGCGUGGGACACGGCCUACAUGCUGCUGCGGCCGCACACGAUGCCCGGCGGGUGGCUGCACGAGCCGCUGUGGGUGCCGUACGCGCUCUACGGCGAGGUCGACCACAUGUACGGCUUCAAGCAGUGGAACCUCGGCAACCCCUUCGCCGCCACCCAGAGCCUGAUGAACCUCGCCGAGACCCUGCUGUACCUGGCCUACCUGGCGCUGUGGUAUGCCUACGGCAGCACGCCGGCCUCCGGGGCGAGGCGCGCGGUGGGUGGGCGCGUCGGGGCGCUGGCGGUGUUGUUGGGUUUUAGCGCUGCCGUUAUGACGGUUAGCAAGACGGUGUUGUACUGGCUGCUUGAGUAUUGCUCUGGGUUCGACAACAUCGGCCAGAACGACGCCUCAACCCUCUUCUUUCUGUGGAUUAUCCCAAAUGGUGCAUGGAUCGUUGCGCCUCUGGUUUUCAUGAUCUUCGGCAUGGGUGAAGAAAUCAUCACGGGGUUGACGCAAGAAACAAACUCGGCAAAAAAGCAGAAUUGA